AUGGAACACCACCUCACUUCGGACGUCAAGUGCGGCAUUAGGUACUUAAACGAAACUUUCCUGCAAGGUGGAAAGAACCAAGGGGAGCACUUGAGUAGCCAGCCAUUCGCAAGUAGGAAAAGGAAGAAAAGGCAAGAAAUUGUAGCGUUAAACAUCCGCCUCAGCAAAGACCAGUCUGCGUGCAACUCAGUCGCCGUCAGUAUUCGUAGAUUUCGAAGGGUGUCUUCUUCUCCCUGUUCUUGUGCCAUCUACCAAUCCUGCUCCACAUUCAAAGCAACAGAAGCGGAAGCGAUGAGGAUGAUGGGUUGCGUUAAAAUGGGGGCGAGAUCGAAGGAAGGCAUCGCGACGGCGACGUCGUCGGGUCAGUCAGUGUGCCGGCGCUUAUCGACCCAGAAGGCCGACGCUGCUGCUGCAUCGCAAGUUCGAACACGCGUUCGCGGCUCGGACCAAUGCGGCCCUCAUAGACACAUGUACGAGACGGUCAGGAAACACCAUAAACCGCAUCAGCUGCUAGUAGUAGUUAUCUUUUCUUACAUAAUGGUUUUGAGUCAAGCAGAUAAUGAAUGUCCUAAUUAUAACGUAGAGAAGGUCACACUUUUUUCGGAUUAUUCCAAAGGGUGUCUUCGUGUAGAAGGAAAUAGAAUCGUGGCAAGCAAGUCCGAACGUUUAGAGUUGGAAGAAAAUUAUUUAUACAAAGUGACGAUAGAGGAGUAUUCCAUGCUGUUGUAUCACAUACAGAGCGGCAAAUUCAUCUGCUGGAACAAAUCGUAUAAAAAGCUUGUCCCAAGGAGAAAUCCGACUAACUUAACGUACUGCAAAUUCAAUAAUACUGUGUCGAUAAUAGAAGCCUACAAAAAACAUAAAGCAAGGGUUAUUACUAGGGACAACAAGGGCAGGGAGGUGGAAAUACGAUUCAACAGAUCAGGUGCCUUCGCUAGACCAAAGCUUAUGGAAAAGUGUAUAAGGCAUUUGCGUCUGCAUGAAAAGGUGCACUGCGAAGUGAAAGAGUUCUUGAAGUGGGUGUUGGAUCCAGCGCAAAUUCAGAACGGCACCAAACAAAUGGAGGCCUAUAUACAAUUAAUAACGAGGUGUGCAGGUCCGCACUUGGUGAUGAAACCUGUGGCCUGUGAAAGCACAGGCCAAUCCGACUUCUGUAUACGAAUGAAAGAAAUUCAUACAAGCCAUCACAAGCUAUCGCCGGAAAUCCAAGAUUUGUGUAAAAUAAAAGAUGUGGAUAAAAAUUAAUGACUGCGUCCGUGUAAACAGUGAAGUGUCAGUAUUUUAUAGUAUCUAUGAAGUAUGUGAGAUUGUACAAAGCUUCCGUCUAAAUAAUUUCUUUCAGUUCCACUUCCUAGCGAGGAACCACCAACGGACGUUCGCUUUGUAUAAUAUAAGUGUAUUGUAUGGUAUGUACAAAUUCAUUGUACACCCAUAUUCAUAUAUACUAUGUAAAAACCCGGUAUUAGCGAUAUUGUACAUUGUAUUUAUUUUUUUAUUUUUAUUUUUGCUUCGUGUGUUAAUUUAACGUGUUUUUGUAUAGUUUGUGUAAAUUAUUGAUCGAGUCCUUGGACUAUGAAUGUGAGUGUACAGUCUUAUUUUAACCCCUAUGGGGUUUUAUUUAACUCAUAAUAUAUAACUUUUGUACAUUAAUUAUUUAUUUUUUUGAAUAAUUGUAUGGGCACCAGUUCCAGUAUUUUACUAAUAUUUUUUUAUCUCAUUUAACCGGUGCCUGAAUAGUGCUAUCCAUGUUUUAAUGGUCCGUUGGGCAAUCCAAUUGCAAAAAUACCAAAUAAUGAAUGAGGCUUUGAUAAUAUAUAUUAUAAUAUAGAACAUUUUUAUAUAUUGUGUGUUAUUCGUUGUUAUUUGCAGUUAUGUCAGCCUCAAAAUGUAAGAUCUGUGCCAUGUCUCUACAAUGUCCUUAAAGUUACAUUCCAAAUCAUUAUACAUAAUUAUUACGCAUUUACAAAAAAUACAUAAUUUAAAGUAAA